AUCAAACUUCAUAUGAUGGGUUUUGAAUCUAUCUGGUUGCUGAUGCUUCUGCAGAUCUCUGUUGAAGAUGUGAAAGACCGCCAGAAUCGUCUUGCUAAAAUGCGUAGCCUUCUUUUCCAUCAUGAGAUGAAGGGGAAGCAUAUUAAGAAAAUUAAAUCCAAGACAUAUCAUCGUAUUUUGAAGAAAGGGAAACUAAAGGCAGCAUCAGCUGAAAUGCAGAUGGAUCCUGAAGCUGCUAAAGAUUAUGCUAUGAAACAGGAAUUCAAACGCGCAGAGGAACGGAUGACUUUGAAGCACAAAAACAACUCGAAAUGGGCAAGGCGUAUCUUACAGCGUGGAUUAAAUGUACAAGAUGAAGGCACUCGAGCUGCCAUUGCUGAACAACUUCACAAACAUGAACUUUUAACUAGAAAAGUGAAUUCCAUGAAAGACACUAGCAGCAGCGAUGACAGUAGUGAUGAAGAUUUUGAAGAACUCUCACCUAGAACAGACACUGAACGGGCUUCCAAGCUUCUAAAUAGAGCAAAAGAGAUGACAACUAAAGUCUUGGAAGAGGAUGAGAUACCAAAAUCAGGAGUCUUUGCAUUGCCAUUCAUGGUAGGUUUGAAGAAUUUAUGUGAAUGUCAUCAAGUCAUAGCAUGAACUCUCCAUCAAUAU